UAUCCCCACCCGGACACUAUUAGUUUGGCACUUUUGGGCUCUUCGAACGGAACCGAUGGCAAACAAAUUGCUACUGAUCCCAUCUCCAUAUCUGUGCCGAAUUGCGGUCAUUAUAAACAAACCUCUGUUAACGUCCGGAUUGUUAACGGACACAACGCCGCACAGGGAACUCAUCCAUGGAUUGCAGCGGUUUAUAAAAAUGGUAAAUCCAUUGCCGGUGCUGUCAUUAUGAACGAGUGGUGGCUCAUAACGGCUGCCCACAUAUUAAACAAGAAUAGACGAACCCAUGAUUACUUCGUGGUAAGAGUGGGCAAUAAUAAUCACUUGAAUGGAGUGCCAUAUAAUGUGACAAAAAUUAUUUCACACGAAAGUUAUAACAAAUAUAAUUAUAAAGAGUCGGACAUUGCGCUCAUGAAGAUGAGUGAACCGAUUGCAAUGAAUCAUUCAAUUCAAUCCAUUUGUCUGCCAUCGGUUCCAUACGAAGAACCCUCUAGUGAUGUGGUAGUGGUGGCCGGUUGGGGGCUUUUGAGGUACGAUACAGGAUCUGGUCCGAUUGAUUUACAAGAAGUUAAACUAAAUAUAGAGCCCAUCGAAAAGUGUGCCAAAACUUUUAAGCGCCAAUCUUAUAAGAUUUACAGAUCACAGAUUUGCACAUUAGAUGAAGGAAAGGAUGCCUGUAGUGGAGAUUCCGGUGGUCCGGCAGUCGAUUAUAUGAAUAUCCCGGUGUUUAUACUAAAUGAAUUUAAUAAAACCCACAAAUCAUCAACUAAUCCGUGGAUUAAAAACUAUGCCGAAAAUAUUAACGAUAACGCGAGGGCUGAACAGCCUGUGGGAGGGAUCAACCCUCGAGUUCCUUCAUAUGAUUUUGGUGACAGAUCCCUGUCAUCGGCCAAAGAACCCAUUUCCUUAUCUGCACCCAACUGUGGUCUCCAUAAAAAUAAUUUUAUAGUCGGCGGAUACCAAGCGUCGCCGGGAUCUCACCCGUGGAUCGCAGCCCUUCAUAUUGAGGGCGACUUUAUGGGCGCCGCUGUCAUCAUAAAUGAGUGGUGGGUUAUAACGGCUGCCCACAUGUUUCAAAAUCACAAGAAUCCGGAGACCUUCACCAUAGGAGUUGGCGAUAAUAAUCGAGAGAAGGGAAUAUUUUAUCAAGUGGACAAGAUCAUUUUUCAUGAAAGGUAUAAUGCAUUGGGAAAGCGAGAGUCAGACAUUGGACUCAUGAAGUUGGAUAAAGCCAUUGAAUGGAAUCAUAAGACUCAACCAAUUUGUUUGCCAUCGGUUCCGUUCGAAGAGCCC